GAGGCGCCGCUCCUCUCUUUCUUUUCUCUGUAUCACACAAGCUCAUUCUCACUUCACUAUCAUCUGCAUACACACACGAAAUCCAUCAUCUGAUAUUCUCACUCACACACACGAAAUAGGUAGAAAGCAAGUUUGAAAUUCAAAAAUCCGAGAUCUAGAAAAACCAAAAAAAGAGAAUGAAAUUCGAAAAAAAAACAAAGGAAGAACAAUAGAGUUUUGAUAGGUUGUUUCGGAUUCUAAUAAUUCAAAAUCAAAGCUGUUGUUGUUUGCUGUUUUUCGAGUUGAUUUGCCUGGGUUUCGAACUUUAUUUCCCUGCUUUAGGAAGUCAUAAACAUGGCGUGGAGGCAAAUUCUAUUUUCCAACAGAAGAUUAAUCUCAGCACCUUCAAACUUGUCGGUGCCAACUGGGUUCGCUAGCUUUUCGUCCAAAUCCAGUCCUUACAUAGUGAAGGUAGGGAUACCAGAGUUCUUGAAUGGAGUGGGAAAGGGAGUAGAGACCCACGUUGAGAAGCUAGAAUCUGAGAUUGGAGAUUUCUCGAAGCUUCUUGUUACUCGCACUCUUAAGCUCAAGAAACUUGGCAUCCCUUGUAAACAUAGGAAGUUGAUAUUGAAGUACACCCACAAAUAUAGGCUGGGACUUUGGAGGCCCAGAGCUGAACCUGUGAAAGCCUAAUAAAUCAUUUGGUUUUGGUCCUUUUAGUGAGGAAAAACAUUCUGCCCUUAUGUUCCUGUUUUGAACUUCUUGGAUGGAAAUUGUUCACAAGGCAGCCAACUGCAUCAGGGGAUAUUGCCCAUGUUAGGAACUGCUUUUGAUCAGUAAAGUGAGAAUUAGGGAUUUGCAUUAUAAACAUACACUAAUAACAAAUGCUCUCUUUAUUUUACUUCUAUCAAGACUUGUUAAUUAUCUAUUGCAUUCUUCCCCUAUCAUCAUGUUUGCUUUUCACAUAAUUCAAGAAAACUGGAACAUUUUAUUCUUCA